UCUGACGGGUUUGGGGCUUGCGUGCGUGGUGUAUGUUUGUGUAUUUUAUAUCAUUACUUUGAAUUCAUGACAAAAAAAUACACCGUUCUGACCAGCAAGUGGAGGGGGAAAAGGGAGGUGAGACGAGGACGUGCGAACGGGAGUUGUGAGUGAUUGAGUGAGUGUGCAAGAGAGCUGUGUCAGCCAUGGGUUUCCGUAAGAAGAACAAGAGCCCACCGGUACUGAGCCACGAGUUCGUGAUCCAGAAUCACGCGGAUAUGGUUUCGUGCGUGGCCAUGAUCAUCCUCUUGGGACUGAUGUUCGAGGUAACAGCAAAGUUUGCUAUUAUGUUCAUCACAGUCCAAUACAAUGUAACAUACACGUUUGAUGACAGACCUGAAUCAGGAAACUUCUACCAAUAUGGACCAAAAGACAUGGCAACUGUGUUCUUCUAUGUGCUGAUUGCCAUUAUACUCCAUGCCUUGAUCCAAGAAUACAUUCUUGAUAAAAUCAACCGACGGCUGCAUCUGUCAAAAACCAAGCACAGCAAAUUCAAUGAAUCCGGCCAGCUUGCUGCCUUCUACUUAUUCUCCUUCAUCUGGGGCAGCAGCAUUCUGACGGGGGAGGAAUUUGCCACAAAUCCUACAUUCUUAUGGGAGGGCUAUCCUCAUAACCACAUGGUUUUUCAGGUGAAAUUCUUCUACAUUUGCCAGAUUGCCUACUGGCUCCAUGCCCUCCCCGAGCUUUACUUUCAGAAAGUGCGAAAGGAGGAUAUCCCUCGUCAGCUGUACUAUAUUUGCCUUUACAUUUUCCACAUUGCUGGUGCCUAUAUCUUAAAUCUUCACCGUCUGGGCCUGGUCCUGCUGGUGCCACACUACCUGGUGGAGCUCCUGUUCCAUGCCUCACGACUCUUCUACUUCAGCGACGAGAACAAGCAAAAAGGGUUCACGCUGUGGGCGCUGCUCUUCGUCAUUGCCCGCCUCCUCACCCUCACCCUCUCCGUCCUCACCUUUGGCUUUGGCUUGUCCCGCACUGAAAACCAGGGAUUCUCCGUUGCAGACGGAAACUUCAACGUCCUCACUGUCAGGAUCAGCUGCCUGGCCGCCAUCUGUCUCACGCAAGCUUGGAUGAUGUGGAAGUUCAUCAAUUUCCAACUGAAGAAAUGGAGAGAACACAGCCAGAUCCAGGCCACCAAAAAGAAAGUCAUCAGCCCAAAAAGCAAGCCCUCCAAAAAAGAGUCAGGCAGAGGAAGUGCAGCCAAUGGAGUCAUGAAAUCGGACGACAGAACUUCACCUCGUGCAAGAAAACCAAAAGCCUCGUAAAGAGAGCAGAGGGAAAACCAAGCUCUCCUCAUGGCAUGCUAUCUUGUCCCACCGUAACAAAAAAAAAGAUACUGCCUCCCUCUGAGUCUGAAAAGAACCACACAAAGAAACCAUAUCUGUAUCUUUUGGGUUAAACAAAAAAGUGAUUUUAUUUCUUGGAAGGUUUGUUUGCAUUUCCCUCAAAGCUUGCUUUGCUCGAAGAUAUUUUUUACUGAUGGUUUCUGUGCUUGAGGGGUGGUUGAUUCACUUGAGUGAUCAUGUGACGAUGGAGAACUCAGUAGAACUCGGUGUGGUAAACAGCCAAUGAAGGGAGACAAUUGUUUGUGUGACCUUGUGUGACAGAGUUGUGAAGGCGUUUCUUCUUCUUUACCAAACACUGUGUGGUAAAAGCCAGGUGCUGAAAGUGCAGUUGCAGGUAUCGCUUACAAGUUGACAUUUGAAUUGUAUUUUGAAGUUUUCUUUUUGGACAGAUUAAGUCAAAUUCCUCUUUGCAAGGGAUUCUCUGCUUUUUGGCGGUGUGGACUGAACAUUUAUCUUUUAAACAUGGAAAGCUGAAAGCAUGGAAACAAUUCGCACCUGUCUGAUGAAAGCCUUCGUUUGGCUGAAGCCUGCUGCACGCUGCAUCCGAUACAGUUCCACCUUGCAUCAAUGGAACAACAAAUUGGAAUAAAUCAAACUUGUUUCCAUGAAAAAAAGUUGUUGGUAUAACAUUGCACCAUAAUUACAGACUCUGCUAGGUGGUCUGGAAUGUGGGUGUUUUUAAUUUAAUUGACGCAUGACAGUUGCAUCUGAUGCAGUGUACAGAGGGCGGUGUGCCUGAAGGUUUACCUGUUAGUUUCACUUUAACCAUGGCUUGUGUAAAUUUCCUUGACACAAAAAACCUUA